AUGGCAGCGAAGGAGGAACCGGUGUACUACUCACCCGUGCCACCGGAGCCCUCGGAGUCCCAAUCACCACCACUGCAAGGGCAACAGUUCAUCCUCCUCCCUCUCUAUCGCAGACGCCCAAGCAGGUUCCGCUCUCUCCGUUGCCAGCUCCUCUGCGGAAUCUCUCUAGUCCUACUAUGCGUUCCAAUCUUCUUCAUUUGGCCCUCCGAUCCCGACAUCAGCGUCGUUCGCCUCCGUCUCAACCAUGUCCACAUCCACAUUUCCUCCAUCGUCUCCCUCGACAUUUCCAUGCCUAUCACUGUCAAGGUCCGUAACCCUGAUUUCUUCUCACUCGACUACCGAUCCCUCGUCGUUUCCAUUGGGUAUCGUGGGAAGCAGCUUGGCUUUGUUACUUCUCAUGGUGGGCACCUGAGGGCCAGGGGUUCUUCCUACAUUGACGCCACGCUUCAGCUCCAAGGGAUUCAGGUUUACGAUGUCUUUUACUUGCUCGAAGAUUUGGCUCGGGGUUCUAUUCCCUUUGAGACUGUGACGGAAGUUCAAGGACAGCUUCGACUCUUCUUCUUUGAUUUUCCGCUGAAGACAAAAAUAUCAUGCCAAGUGAUAGUGGAUACAGAUAACCAGACAAUUGUCCAGCAAAAUUGCUAUCCUGAGUGAUUGCAAGAGAUGUCUAUAGAGCCUCAAAAUUAACUGAGAAUGAGUUGGGCAAGUGGUGGCCAAUCUAACUGUUAGAUGAUGAUG